AGAAGAAGUCAGUGACGUCAUUUAAUCUGCGACAGUCUCUUCUUAUUUAGCAUUUUGCAGAACUAAUAGCUUCACUUCAUUGGCUUCUUUUGCUUAUCACGAAUAUAACGAUAAAAAGCUGAUACAUACACAGUGUGUGUGAUGUGGGUCGGUGGGGUUUUGUGUAAAAUUAAAGCUCAACUUGAGUUUGACGCUCGUUGAUGAGAAGAAGCAUCGUCGGUGUUGUGUUGUUUUGCAGAAGAGGAUGUGAUUUUUGGGUUUGUGAUUUUGCGGGACGAGGAGGAGCAGGAGGGGAAGGAGGAGGAGGAGGAACGACAAGCUAAACGUCUGGCAUUUCCAGCGGGAUGGAAACUUGGACCCCAAACCCCCGGGCUAAGCCUUUCAUUCCCCGCCAACAAAGAAGCCUUUACCUCACCUGGAAAUACAAACUGACCAAUAAGAGGACGAUUCGCCGCUGUUGCCAGGCUGGUGCUGUGCUGUUUCUCCUGGUGACUGUCUUAGUCAACAUCAAACUCAUCUUGGACACACGAAGAGUAGUCAACGAAGAUGCUGCAUCCCAGGAAUACGAGGAUGCGAUGCCAAACAUGGCGACGCCUCGCAGACCGGCUAAUGGGCGCAAGGUUCUGGACAUUGAGGCGUACUCCAGUCGCUCCAAAGUGUAUGUGGCGGUGGACGGGACCACUGUGUUGGAGGAUGAUAUGCGUGAGCAAGGCCGAGGCAUUCAUGUAAUUGUUCUCAACCAAGCUACAGGUCAUGUGAUGGCCAAGAGGAUAUUUGACACUUACUCCCCCCACGAAGAUGAAGCCAUGAUCCUCUUCCUCAACAUGGUGACCCGAGGGCGAGUUCUCAUCUUUACCAUUAAGGACGAGGGCACGUUCCACCUGAAGGACGCCGCUAAGAACCUGCUGAAAGGUCUGGGCAGUCAGGUGUCCCUCAACCUCAGCUGGAGGGACAUGUGGACUCUGGUGGUAAAGAAAGGAGGUCAGGUGUACGGGGAAAAGCAUUCAAAGUCUCCUGCUCUUUCCACCUGGGGUGAUCCAGUGCUUCUUAAAACGGAGGUGCAGCUCACCGCCUCUGAAGAGGCAGAGUGCCACUGGGCAGACACGGAGUGGAACCGGCGCAGGAAGCUCUUCUGCAGCAAAGUGGAAGGAUACGGCAGCAUCUGCAGCUGCAAAGACCCAGCACCCAUUGAAUUUAACCCAGAACCCCUGCCCACUAAUCACGUCUUCCAUGUACCAGUCGCGGUCAUCGCAGGCAACAGACCCAACUAUCUCUACCGGAUGCUCAGGUCUCUCCUUUCAGCUCAUGGUGUUAACCCGCAGAUGAUCACUGUCUUCAUCGAUGGAUACUAUGAGGAGCCGAUGGAUGUGGUGGAGCUCUUUGGACUGAAGGGAGUUCAGCACACGCCCAUCAGCAUCAAGAAUGCACGGGUAUCCCAGCACUACAAGGCAAGUCUGACUGCAACAUUCAAUCUUCACCCAGAGGCUAAUUAUGCUAUAGUGCUGGAAGAAGAUCUGGACAUCUCCAUUGACUUCUUCAGUUUUCUGAGUCAAACCAUCCACCUGCUGGAUGAGGAUGACAGCCUUUAUUGCAUCUCAGCCUGGAACGACCAAGGCUAUGAACACACGGCUGAGGAUGCCGCCUUGCUGUACCGAGUGGAGAGCAUGCCUGGCCUGGGCUGGGUCCUGAAAAGGAGUCUCUACAAGGAUGAACUGGAGCCUAAAUGGCCUACACCCGAGAAGCUGUGGGACUGGGACAUGUGGAUGCGGAUGCCAGAGCAGAGGAAAGGCAGGGAGUGCAUCAUCCCCGACGUGUCCCGCUCCUACCACUUUGGCAUCAUCGGCCUCAACAUGAACGGCUAUUUCCAUGAGGUGUAUUUCAAAAAGCACAAGUUCAACACUGUGCCUCACGUGCACCUGAAGAACGUGGACAGCUUAAAGAAGGACGCCUAUGAAGUGGAAAUCCAAAACCUGCUGAAGGAGGCAGAGGUGCUGGACCACACCAAGAACCCGUGUGAGGACUCGAUACUACCGGACUCCGAGGGGAAAGUCUACGUCAUGUUCAUUAAGAUGACAUCGGAGACGGACACCUCCACUUGGACUGAGCUCGCUAAGUGCCUUCAUGUUUGGGAUUUAGACGUCCGAGGGAAUCACAGAGGCCUGUGGCGACUCUUUAGAAAGAGGAGUCACGUCCUGGUGGUGGCUGUGCCAAUCUCGCCAUACUCAGUGAAGAAACCUGCCAAUGUCACCCCCAUCCACUUGGAGCCCCUCCCCAAAGAAGAGGGUGCCCCGGCGGAUCCGAUGUAGACCUCCCGGAACCUCCUGAACCAGCCCAGGACUUUCUAGGAUAAAAGAUGGUAAAACACAAUCCAACCAACUCAUAAGUUUUAGAAGGAGGAACGAUGACACAGGAAAUGACUUUUGGUAACCAAACGACUUUUUCUAUUUCCUGUUUGGUUCUGAACGUAUGAAUUUAAAACCUACUGAUUGUACAUACUCUAUGUUUAACUUAUCUCUAUUUAUUUGCCCAUAUCAAUCCAGACCCUUUGGUUUUUUUGAAAAAUCACCUAAUAUCUGGAUGAGUGCAUUUUUAAUAGACGUGAACAAAAUAAUGAUAUAAUGUACAUACAUACAACAUACCUAUAUUUUCAAUAGCAUAGACAGUCUGCAUAUUUUUGGAUUCUAGAAAUGGAGUGUGUACUCAUGCUAGGCCAAUCGUACCGUACUUGAAUACGUAAAACUCCAAAUAAUCCAAGAAUCAUGGCCGAGAGCGUCCCGAAGACUCCAAAUCAGAUUGGAAAUAAUCCACCAAGACAUUAAAAUUUUAGUCACGAGUUACAAACGCAGAUACAACUCGGUCAUCUGGGAUUUGAUUCUUCCUUACUUGUUGAAACGAGGCUUAGCAAAAAAAAAAAAAAACACUUUAAACGAGUACGAAAUACAUAAAUAUGGAAAGGUAGACGAUACAGGAAAUUAAAAAGUUAUUAUAGAGGUUGCAUUUUUAAAAAUUGAAAUACACUUAAUCGGACUUCAUACUCCAAAUAGGGACUAGAGGCUAUCUUAGAUUGCUGCGUUUGAGUGUUUUUUUAUCGACUUUUAUCUUCAGUUAUCUUAACAUGAAAGCCGAAAUAGUAUUUUUUUUGUUUCCUUUUGUUUAUUUUCUGUCUGACAACUUGUACUUACCAGUGACUUGACUUCAUUAGAAAUGACUGACUUGAAAAAAAAAAGUUCUAGAAGUACAUACUGUCGGUGCAAGGAGAGUGAUGAUUUGUGAAAGUGAGUUUGAUACUUUUGGUGGUUUUCAUGCAAAUGAAUAAAGAUAUUUUCAGAG